AAGAAAAAGGCCGGCUGACUGAAAUGUGUGGUUCACGUUCAAUCAUUACAACAUCGUACCCCAGCGCCCUCAUGCGGAUAUCGGUUAUCUUAAAUUCUUACGGUGAUAGUCCUUAUUAUUCGCAGGAGAAGAAUUGUAUAAAUUGUUUUUAACAUGUCCCGAUACGAAUUCUCGGAGCUGCAUCUCGAGGCUGAUAUAUCUCGGCCAGGGGUGACCAGCUAGGGACUAGUUAACGACGACUUACACGGGGCUUUGCUCAGCCCGUAACGAUGAAUAAUCAACAGCCAGAAAAAACUAGUUCGGAUACUAGAGAUGUAGAGUCCGCGAUCAACGUCGACAGUCCUAAGCUCGAAUAUGAAAAGAUUGAUGGCGGGGAACAUAGCCGUGACGACGUUGGCGUAGUCCCCCAAAAUGACGACCAAACCGGAAGCGGGAGUACCAGUCCUCCGCAGAUGAGCGGGUUGCCCUUCUACGUGGCGAUGGGAUCCGUUACCCUAGGCGUUCUCUUGAUGGCUCUCAACAAUACAGCUCUAGGAACUGCCAUCCCCGCAAUUACCGCAGAGUUUAAUACCGUGGAUGAUGUUGGGUGGUAUUCUUCGGCGUCUCAAAUAGCAAACUGUGUCAUGGUACCGUUUGUUGGGAAAAUAUAUAGGGGCUUUCGGAUCAAGCUCGUAUUCAUUACCUUUAUAAUUAUCUUCGAGAUUGGGUCCUUGAUUGCAGCGCUAUCGACGUCCUCUAUGAUGCUCGUCAUCGCCAGAGCGAUAAGCGGCAUAGGGGGUUCCGGGAUUCUCAACGGUAGUUCUACGAUCGUCGCCGCCACCGUCCCGAUAGCGAAGCGGUCGUUUAUAAACGGCAUCAUACUUGGUUGUUUUGCCGUGGGCCAGGCGGCGGGCCCUCUGAUCGGCGGGGCUCUUACCCAGGGGCUAACAUGGCGCUGGUGCUUUUACAUCAACCUGCCCCUGGGUGGCCUGGUCGUUUUCCUGUUCGUAUUUGUAGUCAGGUUACCUGUAACAAGGCUCUCGGAAAAUAAUACAUCUCUCCUGGAGCGGGUCCUUGACCUCGACUUUGUCGGCUUUGCCAUCUUUGCCGCAGCGGCUAUAAUGUUCUUGAUCGGCUUGCAAUGGGGCGGCACUAAAUACCCCUGGAAUUCACCGACCGUUAUUGGACUUAUGUGCGGCGGAGUGGUAGGCUUUGUAGUCGUCGGAUUCUGGUUCGCUUACAAAGGAGAUUCGGCCUUAUUACCGCCCAGGUUACUUCGUAGCCGCAUUAGCAUCAUGAUCACCAUCACCUCGUUCCUGCAAAGCGGCGGGUCCAUCAAUUCGUUGCUUUGGCUGCCCGUCUGGUUCCAAGCCAUCAGAGGCGUGGACGCUCUACAGAGUGGUAUAAUGCUUCUUCCUAUAAUACUGUCGCAGCUCGUUGCGUCUGUAGUAUGCGGGGCUCUCGUUCAGAAGACGGGCUAUUACCUUCCGGAAGUCGUCGGAGGGAACGCGCUGGUGGCGAUCGGAGCCGGUUUGACCUCGACCUUUUCUCUAGCUACUUCCGACGGGGAAAUAAUAGGAUAUCAGAUCCUCAUGGGAGCAGGUCGUGGCUUUGUCUUACAAUUGCUUGUCCUUGCCAUGCAGGCGAACGUGCCUAGAGAAGACGCCUCGAUAGCAGCCGCGUACGCUACGUUCUCUCAGCUACUUGGAAGCGCCAUCUUUUCGGCUCUCGCGAAAACCAUCUUCACCAGCUCUAUAGGAACAGCCCUCCAAAAGUUUGCUCCCGACAUCGAUCCGAGCUUACUGAUUAACACCGGCGCGACUGAGAUAGCCAGAGUUAUCCCCCCGAGCCAGGUAGAAGGUGCUCUCCUAGCAUACAAUCAAGCCAUCGACUAUAUAUUUUAUCUCGGAUUCGCUGGCGCAAGUUGUGCUUUUAUAACCGGCUGGGGAAUGGGAUGGAAAAAUUUAAAGGAGGUGAAACAAGAGAAAGAAGUUGUGGAAAAGGAUGUCGCUUAAGUUAGGUAGCGAUACGAUGCUCCAGCGUGAAGUACCUAUUAAUGGAUAGAGGAAAGGUUUAUCAACGAAUAGUUAUACCAAUUAGAUACCACUUUUACUGAAUAUUUAAUUGACUGAUAAGAUCUUGGAACCCUUAAUUAUCCUUCUUGAUGAGAGACAUAUGUAAGCAGCACUGCUGACCAGGUGUAUACCUACAUAUGUUUAAGCAAUAUUAU